AUGCCACCAAUUUGGACCUACCCUUGGUCUUCCCAACUACACUGCUUUGAAGACUCGAGUGCAUCCUUCGAUUUGGCCGCUCGCGCUUGGGAUCAAAAGACUGCACUUAAAGAUUAUCUUUACCUUUGCCGAACUGAGCCAGGAUUCCUAGUCCAUGUGGUAAACUUCUGUUUUUACAGUCGUCUCGAGCCUGUACCCGACGAUCGUGGACGGAUGCUGCCUCUGACGACUGAUAAGUACAUCUCCAUCUGCGUUGUUGAAGCAGUCUACAAUGUAGUGGCUGGGGCUGCUAUUUGGGGGUUCAUCUACCAUCUUCUACAGAGCCUCAUGGAAAGGCCAACCGAUCGAGCGUACAAAAUCCUCCUACUGCAGGAACUAGCCAAUGUGAUGUCCUUCGAAUACAAGCGGGUUCAAUCGCGGUUCAAGCGUUACGUCCAGGUGGGAUCAGGAUCAGGACACUUCAAACGAGUCCCUGGUGUCUAUGGCAAUGGCGUAGCACGGGUGACGAUGAAGACCAAACCAGACACCUUGACUCGCUCGAAUCCGCGACACCAUUAUAUGCUUCGCCUGUGCCAAACUGAGACAACCCCACCAAAGGCAGUGGACUGGGUCAAGAAGCUUCAUGGCCUCCAAAGAACCGAACCGGUCGAAAUGGAACAGACAACCGAGCUUGAGUAUGAUGCUUUCAGCGAUCUGGCGGUAACUGCUGCCUUUGCUCAGUCUGUUUCUGCUUCUUUGGCACUGCCGCCCGCGACAACCAAAAAGGGGCAAAUGUACCUGUCAAAAUUCGGAAAUCUGGACGCUGAGCUCGAACCUUUGAGAAGGGAGAUUGACCUGUCCGGCUAUGCAAUCCCAAUUGACGACCUACGCCAACCAGGAAUGGCCCAAGGCGCUCUCGCUACUUUAGGCCAACUCGUCAUUGAGAAGACUGGGGCGGACAUAGGCUUCCUGUACCAGGAUCUCAACGAGAGCUGUCUGUUUGAAAUCAAGAACCAAUAUGAACAACAAAGAGAUAAAGAGCAAUCCGCUGCUGCUGUUGCGCCUGGCCUGUCAAUUCCCGAACCCUCAAGUUCCGAGCUACAGAUUACAGAGCGACGUCAAAAAGUCAAGACCCGACCGGCACAUUCCUCUAUCUAUAACAUUACCCCGACUACCGAGGCUCCGGAGAAGGACGAUGCCCCUGAAGCCCCGAUCUUGAAGGUCGUGCCUAGCACCUUUUAA